CGAAGAGCGACGCGACGGAAUUUCAACGAAGCAAACAACCCACCGAGCACCCCUCCUUCACGACCACUUUCCACCCCCUAUUCCGCUCUACACAUACAUCUUGCUCACGACGUCAACGAAUCUUUGAUAGAAAAGUGCGGACAGGGGGAAGUGGAGGGCUCCCGAUCAGGUAAAUUGGGAGGAUCGGUACACUCAGCAUUUUUCUUCUCGCCUGGACCGGGCACGUACAACGAACGACACCUGGCACGAUCUUUAUGACUGAAUGAAAGGGGGUGGGGACUCGAUGAUUCGGCUACGAAAUUGCGACCCUGCACACCGCUCGAGUCGAUAUUUGGAUACGGAAUACUGGUUUGGGAUUGAGAGCCUUGAGGAAGGGGUGUAGCCUGGCCUGGGGAUAACUGCUGGUGGGCAGCGUGAAUCACAUACACGCAAAGAUGGCACCGGCAGGUGGAGGGAACAUCAAGGUGGUGGUGCGAGUGCGGCCUUUCAAUGGCAGAGAACUUGACCGCGGAGCAAAAUGUAUCGUGCAGAUGAAAGAUGCGCAGACGAUCUUGGUCCCGCCUCCAGAAGCAGAAGAGCGCAUGCGCUCCGGGAAAGGCGGCGCCAAAGAUGUAGGACAGAAGGUCUUCGCGUUCGACAAAUCGUACUGGUCGUUCGACCGUUCCGACCCUCAUUAUGCGGGGCAAGACAACCUUCACCAUGACCUGGGAAAGCCUUUGCUCGAUAAUGCAUUCCAGGGGUACAAUAACUGUAUUUUUGCGUACGGGCAAACGGGGUCCGGAAAAUCGUACUCGAUGAUGGGGUAUGGAUCCGAAGCGGGUGUCAUCCCUAAGAUUUGCCAGGAUAUGUUCGAAAGGAUUACGGCGCUGCAGGAGGAUAAGCAUUUGCGGUGUACGGUCGAAGUCUCGUAUCUGGAAAUUUACAACGAGCGAGUUAGGGAUCUGCUGAAUCCGAGCACGAAAGGGAAUCUCAAAGUGCGCGAACAUCCUUCGACAGGGCCGUAUGUCGAGGAUCUGGCCAAAUUGGUGGUGAGCAGCUUCAAUGAGAUUGAGCACCUGAUGGAUGAGGGGAAUAAGGCCAGGACGGUGGCGGCCACGAAUAUGAAUGAGACGAGUUCGAGGAGUCAUGCGGUGUUUACUCUUACCCUUACCCAGAAAAGACAUGAUGUCGAAACCAACAUGGCGAUGGAGAAGGUGGCCAAGAUUUCACUUGUGGAUCUUGCGGGCUCGGAAAGAGCGACGAGCACGGGUGCCACUGGGGCCAGGUUGAAGGAAGGCGCGGAGAUUAAUCGCUCGCUGUCGACGCUGGGGAGAGUCAUUGCUGCGUUGGCGGAUCUGUCGGAUGGGAAGAAGAAGAAGACUGGGAAAGGGGCAGGUCAGGUGCCGUAUCGAGACAGUGUGUUGACUUGGCUGCUGAAGGACUCGUUGGGUGGAAACAGCAUGACGGCUAUGAUUGCUGCUAUCAGCCCGGCGGAUAUCAAUUUUGACGAGACCCUUAGUACACUGCGAUAUGCGGACAGUGCGAAGAGGAUCAAGAAUCAUGCUGUGGUUAACGAGGAUGCGAACGCUCGGAUGAUCAGGGAGCUGAAGGAAGAGCUGGCGUCUCUGAGGAGUAAGCUCAGUGGAGGUGGUGGUACUACUGAAGAGGUGUAUGCUGAAGGCACACCACUGUCCCAACAGAUGGUCAGUAUUGUGCAGCCGGACGGCACGAUCAAGAAAGUUUCAAAGGCAGAAAUUGCAGAGCAACUUAGCCAGAGCGAAAAGCUGUACACGGACCUCAACCAAACCUGGGAGCAGAAAUUGGCCAAGACGGAAGAGAUUCACAAGGAGCGAGAAGCAGCUUUGGAGGAACUCGGAAUCAGCAUUGAGAAGGGAUUCGUGGGCUUGCAUACGCCGAAGAAGAUGCCGCAUUUGGUGAACUUAUCAGAUGACCCUUUACUGGCUGAAUGUUUGGUCUACAACCUCAAGCCAGGGACAACGACUGUUGGCAACGUCGACGGUGACCACGCUCACAUGGCAGAGAUCCGACUAAACGGUAGCAGAAUCCUUCACGAGCACUGCACAUUCGAAAACGUCGACAACAUCGUCACUCUUGUGCCGAAAGAAGGUGCAGCAGUAAUGGUCAACGGAAAGCGAAUUAUGGAACCAAAACGCUUACGAAGUGGCUAUCGAGUAAUCCUCGGAGACUUCCACAUCUUCCGCUUCAACCACCCCAUGGAAGCGCGAGCAGAACGAGCCGAGCAAAGUUCCCUCCGACACUCCAUCAUCGCCAGCCAAAUGGGAGAUUUCGAAAAAGUCUCACCCUCGCCGAGUCCCCGACCCGGCCACGAGCGAACAUUCAGCAAAGCAGUAUCAGAAGCAGAAUGGGAAGGCAGCCGCCCCGAAUCACCGAUGCCAUUCCAGCGAGGCAGGGACUCCGACUGGUCGUUCGCGCGACGAGAAGCAGCUGGCGCUAUACUCGGCACAGACCAGAAGAUCGCCGGCCUUACAGAUGAGGAGCUCAAUAUCCUGUUCGAGGAUGUGCAACGAGCAAGAGCAGAGCGAGCGGGCCAGAAUGUCGAUGAUGAUUUGGAUUCAAAUACGAGUUAUCCCGUUCGAGAGAAGUAUAUGUCGAAUGGGACCUUGGAUAACUUUUCGUUGGAUACGGCGCUAACGAUGCCAAGUACGCCGAAGCAGGGCGAGGUGGAGGACAAGAUGAGGGAGGUGAGGGAGGAGAUGCAAGUUCAGCUUGACAAGCAGAAGGAGGAGUAUCAGGAUCAACUCAAGUCUGCUGAAGCCGCCAAUGUUGAGGUCGAGGAGAUCAAGAAGGAGAAGGCGAGGAUGGAGGAGAGCUUGAGGGAGGUCAAGGCGGAGAUGAUGAGGCAACUGGAUGCGCAGAGAAAAGAAUUUGAGGAAAAACUGCAGCAGAUGGCGCCGAGGACGGGCUCUUCUGAUGGUCCAAUACCGCUUACCGAGCAGGAGAUUGCUAUUGCAUCGAAAGUCGUCGAGCACUGGCGAGGUCGAAAUUAUGUCAGGAUGGCAGAAGCUAUCUUGCAAUACGCUGCACCCCUGAAAGAAGCCCAGGUCAUGAGCCAAGAGAUGGAUGAGAGCGUCGUCUUCCAAUUUGCCAUCGUCGAUAUUGGGCAUGAUAUAUGCUCAUCAUACGAUAUGGUCUUGAAUGGCAUCUCAGGCGAAGGCGACGAUCUCUUCCUCGAGGAUGCCAAGAAACCCUGUGUCGGCGUUCGAGUUAUCGAUUACCGGAACAGUGUUGUCCAUCUGUGGAGCUUGGAGAAGCUACAAGAUCGUGUCAGGCUUAUGAGGCAGAUGCAUCAGUACAUGGAUCGUCCGGAAUACUUGCAGCAUUUCCGCCUCGACAAUCCUUUUAUGGAGACUUGCAUGCCGCAGUAUACUCAUGUCGGCGACGUUGAUGUGCCCUUGGCCGCUGUUUUCGAAAGCAGAGUCCAAGACUUCAGCUUUGAUGCCUUGUCACCGUAUACAUCCCACGCUAUUGGUAUGAUCAAACUGUCUUUGGAGCCUUCAUCGGCAAGAGCGCCUUCGAGUACACUGAAAUUCAACGUCGUCGUGCACGAGUUGGUUGGCUUUGCCGAGCGAGAGGGAACUGAAGUCCACGCUCAGCUCUUCAUUCCAGGCAUCUCAGAAGAAGGCGGGAUCACGACAACGCAGAUGAUCAAAGACUUCGAUGAGGGACCGAUUCGAUUUGAGAGUGUUCACAGCAUGAGUGUUCCAAUGUUCGGGCCUACCGAUGUCUCACUUCGAGUUGCCAUCUUCGCCAAAGUCUCCUCGAUGCACCUAGACAAGCUGCUCAGCUGGGACGAUAUGCGAGACAGCAUGCCUCGACCUCAAAAGCGCAAGAAUGCGCGGAUCUCGGAAUCUCAGUUCUAUAUGGAAGAGAAGCAUGAUGUCUUUGCAAGGGUACAGAUUCUCGAGCUCGCUGAGAACGGAGACUAUCUUCCUGUAGAAGUCAUCCAGACCACCGAUUUGGACAAGGGAUCAUACCAGCUUCAUCAAGGUCUGCAACGUCGAAUCGUUGUCGACAUGACUCACAGCUCCGGUGAAGCUCUUCCCUGGCAAGACGUCUCCGGUCUUCGAGUAGGGCGAAUUCAACUCGUUGACCACGUUGGUAAGACCCCUGAUCUCGGGUCCCCAACCCCUGAGAUCGCCAUGAAGCUGGUCUCUAAGCCCGCCGUGAAGCAGAACGCCAACGGCACAACAAACAUAACCGUGGUCGGGCAAUGGGACUCUUCAGCGCACGCCUCCCUCCUCCUCGACCGUGUCACAGCCGACAAGUACAAGAUACAGAUGUCACUCCUCUGGGAUGUCAGCUCGCCUAAACUUGCCUCGCCAGUAACCUUCUCUAUCCACCUCUUCUCCCAGAUCCUGUCUCGCUCGUACGUCCGCUCUACAUCGAUGUUUGCUUCGCUGUGGCAGAGCCUAAGAAUCGUGCACUCUACGAGCGGAGUAUUCUCGAUCUCAGUGAGACCGACGCCUGUGAAAAGAGCAGGUGAUCUGUGGCGAAUGAACACGCAGAAUGACUAUGUGAAAGGCGAGGAGGGUCUUACAAAUUGGAGUCCGCGGGGUGUAAGCCUAAUUCGAGAUCAUAUUGCUGCGAAGCGGCGGAAACAUCGACUCGCGGAGAUUGAAGCAGCUCAACCUCUCCUAAACAGAAUCCAAUUCCCUAUACCUUCCGGAGCUUCCGCUCCAGUUAGGAACGGAACUUCUACCCCCCCAGAAGAAGAAACCUCCGAAAAAACGAUUCCAGACCGCGAUAAGCAAUUGCUGGAGAAGUAUUUACAGUUGUGGACCCUCCUCCCUGACCCCAUAAACCGCAUCCUCACGCCCUCAAACACGGAACCCCCCUCCGUUGCACCAUCCACCUCCGCCCCCAUCCCCUCUCGACCCUCGCUCCUCGCGUCCCUCUCGCUCAUCCCAAAGAACCCCACUAUCCUCAAAGGCGGAUAUCUAUUAACGCCAUCUGUGGAUUCAACACGAUGGGUGAGGCGGUUCGUGGAGUUGCGACGGCCGUAUCUGUAUGUGCAUUCUGUGCCUGAUGGGGAAGAAGUUGGCGUUGUUAGUCUGCGGAACUCGCGAGUCGACUCCCGGCCGGAGAUCGCACGACUUCUGCAAAGAAGUGCGAAUGGGACACCACCAAGCGGUGGGGGACAAAGGGGCAGGGCAGGGGAACGGGAUGAGGAGACGGUCUUUGCUGUUUAUGGAACGGAUAACACGUGGCUUUUUAAGGCGAGGAGUGAGAGGGAGAAGGUGGAGUGGAUUUGGAGGGUUGAUCAGAGUUAUUUUGGGAGUGCGAGUGGGUCGGGGAGUGAGUCGCCGCAAUGAGGAAGCCGGAAACGAGGAAGACGAGCAACGCGAGUGCGGUGAGAAGGUGGUGGAAAUGGGGAAAAGAACAAGGAAGAGAUAGCAUGGAUGGUGUUUGGGAUCUUGAAUAAUGGUGCUGUAUGAGUAUGAUACCCAUGUGCACAUAUCUAUCUAUAUACCGUUGGAUUUCUUUUGUUUUAUUAGAUGGGAUCCAGGACUUGAUUGAUCGGUUCGGGUACGCAGCUUGGAUUGAUAGCUAGCUAGCGAAGUGUUGAAUGGAUAUAUUCAUCUUACUGCUUUUGUUUUUGUUGAUCUUUUGUGUGGGUGAUUAGUUGGCAAUUGCAGGGGUUUCCAUUGGAGAUUAUAAAUAACCUCACCGCGCAACAGGGUAGCAAAUUAUCACUCCGAGUAGGUUGAGCGCAAGGCUGCCGAGUGGGAUUCAAAUAUUAUCAGCUCUCGC